CGCAAGCAAACGUGAACGAACAUGCGCGCGCGUGUGUGUGUGCCUGGGUACAGAAAGUACAGAAGAAAAGUUGAGCGUUUUCAGACGUCGCCAUCUUGAAGCGGAACAUAAAUGCGUAUUUUCGGUGCCUUGAAGGCGAAAAUCAUAGUUGUAACAGUAGCGAAACGUUAGGAAAGUGUGUGGCAAAGCCAUUAAACUAGUGUUUAGGAUUCGCACCGUCGUCGUCGUAUCAGCGCCGUGUGGAAAUCGGCUUUACCAGGCCAGAGAUAUAAUCCAUCAUCAGCGGACACAGGAGGAAGAUAUAGCCCCGUCGUGACAGCUUCCUGUACCGUAUUGGAAUAUAGUUUUGCAACACAACGGUGUGUUGUGUGUGUUGUGCGCGCGAGACACAUUGUAUUAGCGUUGGUGUAUAGAGAGAAAAAAACAGGUUAAGAAAAACAGAGACACUCUUUGCUGGCAAGAAACUAAACAAGCUCUCCGGCGAUCAAUCAAACACCAAAAACCAUCCAUUUUGUUGUGCGUGUGUUCAAUCCCUAUUCCUCGCUUGAUCGUUUUUCGGUGCCGCUUUUGGGUUGUUGGCGCUGCUCCAUGUUGUUGUGGUCCAGGAAGAACGGCGCGACCGCGACCGACUGUUGAGCGCUCGCGAAACUCGAAAGAAAAAAAAAGGAAAACAGAAACAGUUCCCGGAAACAGGACAGGCUUUCAGACAGCAGCGCAGACAGCAGACAGCAGACAGCAGCAACAACAACUGCAUCGAUCGCACCGCGCGCACCCAUCAUGAGUGUGAUCAUUCGGCUGCAGAACCUGCCCUUGGCGGCGAAUGCGUCCGAUGUGCGCUCCUUUUUCAAGGGUCUGUCCAUUCCCGACGGUGGCGUCCACAUCGUCGGCGGUGCAUUGGGCGAUGCGUUUAUAGCGUUCAGCACCGACGAAGACGCCCGACAAGCGAUGGCACUCAAUGGAGGCUGCAUUAAAAAUGAACCCAUAUCACUGCUACUAUCGUCCCGUGCGGAAAUGCAGAAGGUGAUCGAGCAGGCACGCAAAGCCGCCCUAAGCUACAUGCAGCUAAAGCAAGCAGCGACAGUGGCGGCCGUUCUACCGAAGGCUGCCGUACCCGUCCAGCGUCCCACCAUACCGGCCACUACUACUUUAUCGCCCCUAUCGGUCGCAGGUUCGAAAGCAGCUCCGACAGCUAGCAGCUUGGCGCAGUUUAACAUUCCACCAUCGGCCAAGAUCGCUGCCGGUGGAACUACAGCACCGGCUAGUGGCGUGGCUCAACAGCCACAGCCACCGGUUAUAUCGUUGGCUGGAUUUCUGGCUAAGGCGGCAGCAAGUGCAACGGUUGCUCCAACCGUACCUGCCGCCACUACGGUUGCAACGCUCAGUCCACUGUUGGCGCAAGGUUCAAGCUACAAUGAAAUCCCGGGACUGUCGUUUCUUUCGUCCGAUGCUGCAGCAGAUGAGGCAGGCCCCGUUAUGACGCCGCUCGCUCGCACUACUGCACCCACACUGCCGUCCAACGGUGGCAACCUUUCCGAUUGGCUGUCGGCCCUGAACAGUCAGGCGGCAAAGGCCGUCGUACCGCCCGUUGCAGCCGAAAUGCCUCGCCCGAUCAUUGUGAACGAUCAGAGUCCGUGGAAGUUUUUGAAAAAGGAUCGUCGUAGCCGCAGUCGUUCGCGUUCGCGCGAGCGCUCGUACCGUCGCGGCAGCCGUUCGUCUUCCCGCGAGCGGGACAAUCGGCGCCGCAGCCGCUCCUCGUCCCGGGGCAGAACGUACAACAGGGAUGCGGACAGCCACAGUCGAUCUUCUUCGCGAGAACGUAACACCCGCUGGUCGCGCAGUUCGAGCCGCGAGCGGAGGAGUGGUCGCGGACGGCGCCGAAACAGCCGCAGUCGCAGCCCUAGCCGCGACCGGUUCGGCCGCACGCGUCAGCGAAGUCGCUCGCGGUCGCGCGAUCGUCGCAGCCAUGAUAGCAAUAGCCGCGAUCGAUACGACGCCUCGAACGGUGGCCGUUCGCGGUUUUCCGACAAGAACGAUUUGGAAUUCGUCGCAUUGCAGCAGCAGCAGCAGCAGCAACAGGGACAGCACUCGAUUAACGGCGGUGCGUUUGCGGGGUUGAAUCAGACGAUGGAACCCAUCUUUGGACUGCACACUGGGCCGGGUGGAAUGGUGGAUGCGCGUGCCCGGUUCGGUAACAACAACCAGCAGCAGCCGAAUCAUUUCUCUACCAGAAGUGGGAAAAUUUCACCCCUCCCGAGCGGCAACGGGCUGAACGGCGGUUUCGGUGGCAUGUUCCGCAACACUUCCCCCCUGCCGGAGAGUGUGUACUCGAGCGCCAAGUCGGGCGCAAUCACGAGCGACUAUGCGGUGAAGAUUUCGAACCUGGAAUCGGUCACAGGGUACGGGGAGAUACGGCGGUUCUUCAAGUCGCACCUGAUCACGACGCAAGGCAUCAAGAUGAUAAACGAUCAAAACGGGCGCCGCACGGGGACGGCUUACAUACAGUUUCUGCGCAAGGAGGGCAAGAAGUAUGCCCUGUCGCGCGACGGUUCGGCGGUGCGUCGGAUGCGCGUUCGCAUCGAGUCCAUUACGGAUCAGGAGUUUGACUCGGCCGUCGACUCGUACCGGCCCGGUAUGUCGCAUAAUGGGAAGGCUUGGGACGAUCAGAACCCGCGGAACGUUAACCCCUGGUGCACGAACGACUAUUCGAACGAGGGCCGCAAUGGUGGUGGUGGUGGUCGUGCGGGAAGUAGCGAUGUGAUCGAAAUUGCGGACGAUCGGGACGAGCCGAGACACGACUCGGGCCGUAGGCCACCGCCGGUAGCAGCGUCGUCCGCGCUGGUGGUGUGGAAUCUACCCACUUUCACUACCGAGCAGGACAUCAUGAAAAUGUUUUCCGACUUUACUGUAGUGGAGGUGCUGAUUGUGAAGAACCACCACGCACCGAAACAGCUCGACGGGUACGUAAAGUUCCACCGGCAGGAAGAUGCGCAGGAAGCGUGGAAGCAGGUGCAUCGUCACUUUAUCGGCAACAAGAAGGUUACGGUACUGGUGUGCCAGGAGAUCGACUACGAGGUGGCCAAGAACGAGCACGAGAACCCGAGGGAUGUGGAGGAGAGCUCCUCCUCCGAGCAGCAGCAGCAGCAACAGCAGAACGCAGACGGACAGAUGGAACGCGAGCGAGCUGGGUCGGAGAAUGGGCAGAGCGAGGAGCGGGAGAGCGUCAAUGGUAGCAGUUCCGGUAAUGGUGGAAACCAUAGUCGGCAGGGUCGCUCCAGCAAGCACGGCAGUCGGUGGGGAUCUGUCGAACGGCCAUGGGAUGAUGAUACGAGUGAAAAUAUUGCACUGAAAAACAUGAUGCUGGAGGCACAGCGGCGAAUGAAUGCCGAGGCAGCGGGAGCAGCUAACUCGGAAUCGAACGGCCCGUGGAACGUGCUCGAUGAUCGUAUGAGUCGGGGCAAUUCGCUUGGCAAUGAUAGCGAUAAUAAUGGCAACUCCAACGGUAAUCAAUCGAAUGAAGCGAUCAACAAUAUGCAAAUUAUGAACUUUAUUAACAACAUGAACCAAAUGAACAAUAACGGCCAUGGUAACCAGCAGCAGCAGCAGCAGCAAGGUGGUGGCAACUCACGCGAUCCGCGCAGAGCCAACAGCCGGUUCGCACCGAGCAACGACAGCAGCGAAAUGUUCCAGCGCACCAACUGGCUGCUGCUGCGCAACGUCGACUUUCACGUGUACGAGGAGGACGUGUUUGCGUUCUUCGGGCACGACGGCUUCCAAGCCAAGAAUGUGCUGCUCGUGCACAAUGAGCGCGGUGGUCGGACGGGCGAAUGUUUGGUCGAGUUUGGAUCGCCGAGUGAGGCGGCCCACGCGGAAUCGAAAUCGUCCCAGAAUCUUGGCCGGCGGAAGGUGUUCGCAAGCCAUCUCGAUCGGGGACAGGUGGCGGAUCUGAUGGCACGGUUCCAUGCGAUCGCCCAGGGACUGCAGCCGUCGCACUGGCUGCCGGACCAUCUGCGGAACGAAAACAGCAAUGGCGGUGGUGGCAGUGGUGGUGGUGGCGGCGGUGGUGGUGGUAAUGGCGGUGGCGGUGGCGGUAGUCAGAAUGAUGAUCCGGAGAAGAACCAGGGCGUUGGGUGUGGACCAUACCGUACCUCGACGGUGGGGCUGCUGAAUCUGGCGUACAAGACGACGGUGGAGGACGUGCAGAAAUUCUUCCAGGAGUUUAACCUACCGCUGGAGAACAUUCGGCGCCGGUUCCUGGACAAUGGUAAUGCGACCGGGGAAGCGAUGGUACGGUUCCGCAAUCAUCAGGAUGCGGAGAAGGCGUUGAAUGAAUAUCAGAACAGGAAGCUGUUCGGUAGGAAUGUAAGGCUUCGAUUGAUCAACGAUGACUGAGAGGAGGAAGAGCGGUGGAAGGAGGGCAAAAAUUCGAAGGCUUAAAACACACAUCACACGUGGCCUCCAUUUUAGGGGGCGGCCUCCAUGUAAACCGGAAAAAAACAAACAGUCAAACGGAAGUUCCUUUGCGGAGGUUGAUCACGGAGCAAACGGAUCGCUCAGAUGAGGAGUAUCUACCAGUAGUUGAUAAACUCUUUUUGUGUACCCGAUUAGGUAAGGACCGCAUUAGGAUCGUAUUUCUAAACGAUUGGUAAGAGAUUGAAGUAUGGUUAGUUGAACCGGUGCGGUAGUGUAUAUAUGAACAGCUUUCGUGUAGUGUAUUUCACCAUAGCAUGAAAGCAACAUUUGUAAAUGUAAAUAAUAUUAUUUUAAAAAAACAACAGAAAAUAAAUUAUCAGUGUUUCUGAUUUAAAAA